CCACCGUAGUCCCCCGCGCGCAUGGUCAGUGAGGACGUUUCCGCCGUGAGCAGAGAAGGCGCUUUUCUCGAGGCGUCGAAAAUGUCGGGGGUGCCCUCGGUGCGGAUCAGCAUCGAGUCGGCCUCCGAGAAGCAUGUGCAGGAGGUGGGCCUGGACGGGAGCGAGACCUACCUGCAGCCGCUCUCCAUGUCGCAGAACCUGGCCCGCCUGGCGCAGCGCAUCGACUUCAGCCAGGGCAGCUCCGGCUCCGAGGAGGACGAGCCCAGCCCGGGCGGCGGCGGAGCGGGACGGGAGUGGCCUGGCGCCGGGGACGACAACGACGACGAGGAGGAAGGGUUGGUAAAGUUUCAGCCGUCUCUCUGGCCUUGGGAUUCCGUGAGGAAUAACUUGAGAAGCGCCUUGACCGAGAUGUGCGUGCUCUACGACGUCCUCAACAUCGUCAAAGAUAAAAAGUUUAUGACUCUGGAUCCGGUGGUUCAGGAGCCGCUAUCCCAAAAGCAGAAUCCUCAAGUCUUACAGUUGAUCUCCAAGAAGAAAUCAUUAGCCGGAGCAGCCCAAAUCCUUCUGAAAGGGGCUGAAAGGCUGUCUAAAUCAGUUGCAGAGAGCCAGGAAAAUAAGCGGCAGAGAGACUUCAACUCCGAACUUCUACGGCUGAGGCAGCACUGGAAGCUGAGGAAGGUGGGAGAUAAAAUCCUGGGAGACUUGAGCUACAAAAGCGCAGGGUCUCUCUUUCCACAUCAUGGCACAUUUGAAGUAAUAAAAAACACAGACAUUGAUCUAGAUAAAAAAAUCCCUGAUGAUUACUGCCCUUUGGAUGUCCAGAUCCCAAGCGAUUUGGAGGGAUCUGCCUACAUAAAGGUAUCUAUUCAAAAACAAGCUCCAGAUAUAGGGGACCUUGGAACAGUAAAUUUGUUUAAACGACCACUUCCAAAGUCAAAACCAGGAGCUCCACACUGGCAAACCAAACUCGAAAUGGCACAGAACGUCCUGUUGUGUAAAGAAAUCUUUGCCCAGCUCUCUCGUGAAGCUGUGCAGAUUAAGUCCCAAGUUCCCCACAUUGUGGUGAAGAACCAGAUCAUUUCCCAACCAUUCCCAGGGUUGCAGCUGUCUAUCUCCUUAUGUCACUCUUCAAAUGAUAAAAAAUCCCAAAAAUCUGCUUCCGAGAAACCAAGUCUGGAGGAUCAUCUUUUCGUACUAGAACACAGUUUGUACCAACUGAUCCGGGAGUUUCACAAGCAGACCUUGAGCUCCACCAUGAUGCCUCAUCCAGCCAGCGCCCCCUUCGGCCAUAAGAGGAUGAGGCUGGCCGGGCCUCAGGCCUUUGACAAAAAUGAGAUCAACUCCUUGCAACCCAGCGAAGGGCUACUGGAGAAGAUCCUGAAACAGGCAAAGCACAUCUUUCUGAGGCGCAGAACCGCUCGAACCAUCGACAGUCUCGCCAGCCGUAUUGAAGAUCCUCAGAUCCAGGCUCACUGGUCCAACAUCAAUGAUGUCUACGAGUCAAGCGUCAAAGUUCUGAUCACCUCCCAGGGCUACGAGCAGAUAUGCAAGUCUAUUCAGCUGCAACUGAAUAUUGGCGUAGAGCAGAUCAGAGUUGUACAUAGAGAUGGAAGAGUUAUUACGCUGUCCCAUCAAGAGCAAGAGCUGCAAGAUUUCCUCCUAUCUCAGAUGUCGCAGCAUCAAGUCCAUGCAGUGCAGCAGCUGGCUAAAGUGAUGGGGUGGCACGUGCUCAGCUUCAGCAAUCACGUCGGCCUGGGCCCAGUCGAGAGCAUUGGCAACGCGUCUUCCAUCACUGUCGCCUCGCCAAACGCAGACUAUUCUAUUUCUGUGCGCAACGGUCCAGAAAGCGGCAGCAAGAUCAUGGUGCAGUUCCCCCGAUGCCAGUGCAAAGAUCUCCCCAAGAGCGACGUGCUGCAGGACAAUAAGUGGAACUAUCUUCGGGGUCCGUUCAAAGAGGUUCAGUGGAACAAAAUGGAAGGGCGCAACUUUGUGUACAAAAUGGAGCUCCUCAUGGCCGCUCUGACGCCCUGUUCGUAGGAAGAAUAUCAUAUCAAGCAGGGCGUUCAUUUUGGCACCAACUUAGCAAAAGGAAACCAGAGGAAUGCAAUACAGACGUCAUCGUGCUGCACUUUCAAAUCCACAACCUCAUGCUUACGUGGACUUUAAAUCGGCAAUACUCCCUUGGGCAAAGGAUCCUUUCUUUCAAUAUCAAAGAAUUUUCUUGGGUAUGUGGUUUUUUCUUCCCAGUUAACAGUUACAGUCAUAAUUUAUGAUAAUCUGUCACCCCGUAUUGAUGCACAACUUUUGACGGAAUGUUUCACUUAUAACUUGUAAAAACAUUGUACAGUUUUCUAAUAAUGUUUCACACAGAAUUACCAGCUUCAUCUUUCUUUUCUAAAAGAUGCUCAGGAUACCGCUUUGGGAAGACAUCCGGUCAACAUGAGUUUGGACCUUUUCGUAGAACUUUUUCUUUUCUUUUACCACUGAGCGAAUUGUGUAAGUAAUGGUCAGGACUAGGUAGCAAGAGAUUGUAUAAUGGCUCAUCACAGUAUUAACUGAACAGGAUACUUUCUGUAUGGACUGUAUUCGAUCUCCACUGCCUCCUAAGCCAUAAAACUUUCUGGAACUGUGCUGUA